GCUUGGGAUGCAUGGAGCUGUCUUGCGAGAACUGGAUCCGUCGGCUGCGGCAAGAGCCGUCCGCUAGUCGUCGCAGCCAGACAGGGGCUUUUGUGGAUGGCGGUGAUCGGCGGACGGUGUGGGCGGUCGUUGCGAGCGGUCGUUGCGAGCGGUUGCUGUGGCCUCGGAGCUUGGGGUGUCGGGCGCCUUCUGGUUCCCCUUGGCUCUGAUCGCCUCUGAUCGCCUCUGAUCGCCUUGGAUUGCUCGCCUGCCCAACACUUUCUGAUCUCCCACCAUGAUCGACACUGCCCAGGCGCUCCCAGAGUCGUAUGAACGGCCCCCGGCGGUUCCUGAUAUUUUGGCCACCCCAUCGGCGCUGUCCAAGACCCAGCAGAAGAAGGCUCGCCGACGGCUCCAAGCCGAGAUCGACACCGGGAUGAAAACCGCAUCAUCUCAGGCUACCCUCUUGUCUGAUCAGGCCGCCAGCGUCGACACUAGCAAUGGCACCGAUGAUCAAGCUGACGAGGAGCCCAGGGCCAAUCCCUACUGCGAAGGUAUCAGCAAGCGCCUGAAGUAUCUCAAGAAGAAGCAGUCUCGAGUCGGGCGAUAUGAAGGUCUUGAUCGCAAGACCCUGAACCCCGACCAGCUGCUGAUGCUAGAAAAGAAGCCCGAGCUCAACAUGGCCAUCAGCGAGCUGGAGGAUCUUCUCGCCAGUUUCGCCACAAUCGAGGCUCAAGAAGCCAGGAUCGCCAAGGACCAGCAACGCAAGCUGCAGCAGGCUCAUGCCCAGGCCCUCCAACAGGCCAUCGAGGAUCAGAAGUCCGUCUUUGCCGCUCACAUCCAAAACACACUCAAGUCGUUCUUUGUUCUCAACUUCCUGCUGCCGAACCUGUCUGCCUCGUCGAUUGCCAUCAAUGAGCAGCAGUAUCACACGCUGACUCACUUCCGAUGUGCUGUUGCCGCCGUCAACCUCGAAGGUGCCGAAAGCUGUGAGAAUUUUAUCGACGAGGCUCAUGCCCAUCUGAUCAAGUAUCUAGAGGGAUCCAACGAGGAGUUCGUGCCCGGAACAAGCUACGCUGAUCUUGCGGCCCUGAUCUCCGGGAUCCUCCACCCCGUGUCGGCUCCUCAGUUUGGUGUCCCAGAGGAAGACCUUGCCGAAGCUGAGUCCUCGGAAGCCAGUCGCGACGCCUCCCUGCCCCAACCCCUGGCCAACCUCGAGCUCACGACAAAGACCAACACAAUCAGCUUCCUCAGCCCCAGUGAAUGCCUAGAGCCCGCCCUUGGAGAACCGGUCCCGGCCGAUGAUCUGGCCGAAAAAAGCGACUUUGCGGACACAUCCAGUGAAGAGGUGGCCGUCCUUGUUGAUGACACUACCGGAGGUUUCUCUGUCGACGUCCCCGAGCCAGCAAGCGCCCCUGUUUCUGACGAGACCCAACCGCGCGAAGUCCAACCUCAGGGCGAGCGUACUCGCAACCCCCGAUACCGCGGAAAGAAUUACCGUCCUGACUUUCGAAGCCACCGCAAUCGGCCCCAAGACGAAGGCCGUGAUAAGGGUAGUACAGAUCGUUCCAGCCGGGCCAGCCAGAGUCAAGGCCAAAGCCAGCGUCCCAGAGGUCCUGGAUCGGCGACUCGCCGGCCCAAUGGCGAUGGUGCCGUCCAGACCCCUCCCGGCAAGAGCGGACGCCGCGGCGACCAUCAGCGACUCGACAAGACCGAGACACGCCAUCCUGGCGGCGACCGUCCUCGAGCCGGCAUUCAGCAGCCCCGAGAUAACUAAAGGAGCUACACCGGGGUUAUGGAUGGGGGUAUAUCCGGUAGUAUUGGCGCUCCGAUGCCAACCC